AUGGAGGAGCGACGUCGCAGAGCGUCGCAGGCGAAGAAGAAGAAGGCGAAGAUCUCGCGCAAGAGCAAAGAGGGAGUCGCAGACCAGGGCACCCAAGCCGCUUCCGUCGACGAGCCCGUUGCUGCUGCGGCCGCCGUCGCUGUCGCUGACGCUACUGAUGCUGCCGCUUCCGCCGCCGCUUCUCCCGCCGGUUCUCCCGCCGCUGACGGCGCAACGGAUGCGGCCAGCACUCCUCCUGAGACGCUCGAGUCCGUGGUGUGGCCAAUUCUGGACCAAUCAGAGCGCGAGUGGGUGCAGUCUGACGUCAUCCUCGUACUGAAAGAGCUCGGCGCGCAGCGCGGCGAGCACGACCUGCUGGGCGCGGUGUUCGCGUGGCUGCAGCACGUGGAGGGCACGAGCAAGGAGCUCGAGGCGGGUGUUCGCGCGUGCACGACGGUCCUGGCUGCGUACGGGAAAGCAGGCAACGUGGAGCAGAUGGAGGCGGUGGCGCGCGGAAUGGAGGCGCGCGGAGUGUUCCCGGACCUGUUCACGUACAACGCGCUCAUCGGCGGGUACGCGCGUGCGGGGCGGUGGCGCGCGGCGAUUGGCGUGUACGAGCGCGUCCGCGAGGACGAGAUGGUGGAGCCGGACCGCGUGACGUGCGUCGAGAUGGCGAUGAUGCUCGCCGCCGCGAAACAGCCCAUCCCGCUGCGCGCCGUGCUGGACGACAUGCUGGCCCUGCGCAUCCCCGUGGACGCGAAGCUGCUGGAGCGCGCAGUGCCAGUGCUGGCGCGGGGGGGCGAGCACGCAGUCAUCACCGCUCUGCACCGCUCUCUGUGCCAGGAGGGCGUGAAGCUCCCCGCAUCCCUGGCGGUGGCGUGCAUUAACGCGUACAGCGCCCUGGGCAUGCCGCAGCACGCGGAGGGCGUUUUCCAGGCGCUGCAGCAGCAGCAGGGGCGCGUCGAGGACAGGCGCGUGUACGUGGGGCUGCUGAGGGCGUACGCGAGCAACGGGCAGAUGCGCGAGGCGGAGGGAGUGGUGCAGGACAUGCUGCAGGGAGGGGUGCGGCCCUCCACUGGAUGCUUCCUCGCGCUGCUGGACGGCUACACCCGUUUGGGCGAGUUCGGGCUAGCGGAGGGAGUCCUCGAGUACAUGCGAGAGUUACAGCUAACUCCCGACCCUUCCCUGCACCUGGCGCUCAUCUCCGCGUAUCUCUCCGCCUCCCACCCCGCAUGGGCGCACUCCGCCCUCUGUGAUCUGCUGGCGGAGCACCCAGCCUUCCAGCCGCCUGUGGAGGUGAUUGAGGGGAUCAUGGCGGGGUAUUUAGGGGGGGAGGGGGAAGGGGGGGUGGCGGAAGGGGGAGAGGCGGAGGGGAAGGGAGAGGGCGUGGGUUUGGAUGGAAGCAAUGCCGCGCCUGCUGCUGCUGCUGGUUCUGCUGACUCUGCUGCUGCUGGUGCUGCUGACCCCCCUGCUGCUGGUUCUGCUGCAGCUGCAGCAGCAGCGGAGGCGGUGUUGCAAGUGGCGGUGAAGCGAGGCGUGGAGCCCUCUAAUGCGUGCCGGCAGCUGCUGCUGCGCGCACGACUGGUGCAGGCGGAAGAGGGGGAGAGGGGCACGGGAAAGGAGAGAGAAGAGGGAGGGGAGGGAGGGGAGGGAGGAGUGGAAAAGGGGGAAGGGAAAGAGGGAGCAGUGAGUGUGGUGGAGGCAGCUGAGAAUGCUGCAGGUGGAAAGGUAGCAGAGGAGAGUAUUAAGACUGUAGAGAAUGGAAAGGCUGCAGCUCCAGUGACGCAAGUCGAGAGCGCAGCAGUAGCAGGUGCAGAGGAGAGCACUGUUGCUGGUGCGAAGAGUACAGUUGCAGCAGAGGAGAGUGCAGUAGCUGUUGCAGGAGCUGCAGUGGUGGAGGUAGAGAAGGAACUGGAUGCGCCUGUUAUUACAGGUGCAGGGGAGGCAACAGUGACCGCAUCGCAUGCCACAGCCGCGGAGGUGACUGGAAAGGCAGCAGCUGUGAAGGUGGCUGAAACGGCAGCAGCUGUUAAGGUGGCUGAAACGGCAGCAGCUGUUAAGGUGACUGAAACGGCAGCAGCUGUAAAGGUGACUGAAAAGGCAGCAGCUGUAAAGGUGUCUGAAAAGGCAACAGCUGUAAAGGUGACUGGAAAAGCAGCAGCUGUAAAGGUGACUGAAAAAGCAGCUGUAAAGGUGACUGAAAAAGCAGCUGUUAAGGUGACUGAAAAGGCAGCAGCUGUUAAGGUGACUGAAAAAGCAGUAGCUGUAAAGGUGACUGAAAAGGCAGCAGAUGUCAAGGUGACUGAAAAGGCAACAGCACCAGAGAAAAUGGCAAAACGUGCAGAGUUGACAGAAAAGGCGACAGCUGCAGAGGUGGGAGGUGUGCUCUCUAGCACAGAAGCUACUGAGCAGACCCGGGAGGAGUCCUUGCUCCUGAUGCUUCAGAAGGGUUUUACGGUGGGGGAGAAGCAGGUGGUUGCAGAGCUGGAAGCUGCAGGUUUGGUGGGAGGGGAGGAGAGUGAAAAAGGGGCUGUGGGAGGAGUGGCGGUUGGUGGUGGUGGGCCUGCUGCUGUUAUGACUCUGUGGAAGUCUCUCCGGAGCAUCCCCAACUUUCAGCCAACAGUGGCCAUGUUUGUUCCAGUCAUCAAGAACAGGGCUCUAGCUGGAGAUUUCCCCUCCCUCUGCUCGAUUAUGGCUGACCUAAGGGGGCUUGGGCUCAUUCCGUCUGAUCAGGUAUUUGCUGCAUUACGACUGGCGCCUCUAGAGAGCGCCGGUGCUAAAACGAGUGCUGCUGUAACGAGUACAGCUGUGGCGGAAGCGUCUAAAGAGGUGGUUUUGGAGGGUGGGAGCGGUAAAGGGGAAGGAGGAGACGGAGGUGGUGUGAAGCAGAGAGUGAGUGGGAAGGGAAAGUACAGGAGGAAGGCCUCUGAGAAGAAAGACGAGAGGGAUGAGGAGAAGGAUGUGCGGGGUGAGAAGAGCAAAGGGAAACCUGUGGUUGUUAAGAGGGAGGUGGAGGCUGGAGGAGAAGUUGAGGCUGUUGAACAGAAGGGGAGGGGAGAGGUAUUGGAACCCAUGAAAGUGGUUGCAGAAGAGGGAAACAAGCAAGCUGAGAUUGAGAUGGUGGUGAGUGUGGGGAAGUUCUCGGUUGAAAGAGAAGAUGAGACAGGAAUGGAGAAGAAGCGGCUCGAUACCAGCAUUGAUCAGAAGGAUAGGAAACGCACUGAGAAGACAGUGCAAGCACAGAGGUUGGACGUUGGUGCAGUAGAAAAGUACGGAGGACCAGGAAAGGCGGAGGUUCGUGAAAGACUGGGAGGACAGAAGGAUGAAGUUGCAAGUAAAGGAAUGAAGACUGAACCAGAUGCUGGGGACGCAGUUACGACACCAACCACCCAAGAGACUCCCUCGCAUGAAGGAAGGAAAGAAGCUAUAGUAACAACAGCCCCGACAGAAGGCAAGGUAGUCAGAAAGCCGGAACCCAAUCAACAGGGUCUAGAGGUAUCUGAAAAUCCUUCAGCAGAUAUUGUUGUGGGAGAUGCUACAGCUUCAAGUGCAAGUGGGAGCGGAGGAGAAACAAUGCAGAAGCAGGAAGAGAUGAUGGCGAAUGUCGUUGAGAAGGCCGGGAGGGAGAAAAAUGGGAGGAAGAGGGAGUUGGAAAAGGUUGGCUUGGGCAAAGGAGCCCUUGCGAAUGUCAAGGGUUUUGGACCUUGGAGUAAAGCAACCAAAAAGGCAGGCAAAGGUUUUGGCAAGACUGGUGGCAAGGGCGUUAGGAAGGAGCAGAAACUGAAGGAAGACAUGAAUGUCGAGAUCGCUAGGGAAGCAGCACAUGUGGAGACAGUUGUGGAAACUGUGGCCUAA